AUGCCAGAGGAGACCCGGGAAGACACCACGACAUCGACCUUGAGCCCGAGGAACAGGGCACCACUGGCCCCCAACCACGUGCAGGAGGUGCGCCUGCACCCAGUGGAGUCCAUCAGUGACCUGCACAGCGGAGGGUCACUGCGCCCCUAUCUGGCCGAUGAGGCACAGUCAUGGGACGAGCUGCUGGGCAUCCUGCCACCGUCACUGUGUACCCAGGCCGGCUGCAGCCCUGGCCGGGGGGGCUUCCUGAUGCUACUGGCGCUGCUGGUGCUCACCUGCCUGGCGCUCGCUGUCCUGGCUGUCUACUUGAGUGUGCUGCAGAGCGAAUCAUUACGCAUACUGGUGCACACACUGCGUACACAGGAGGAGGUGCUGCUUAAACUCCGGCUGGCCAGCCUCAGCCAGCUGCGGAGGCUCAACUCCACUGAGGCCCAAGCACCCAGCUGAGAUGCCACUUGGAACUGGGGCCUGCUCUGUGUGAGAGAGAGAAUAAAAUGGUCCCUGGCAGGUUUCUCCUCUCCCCCUGCUGCUCCACACUGCUGCCUUAGUGAGGUUUUGUACAACAAUCUGAUCUGACCCCACAGCUGCCCGCCUGUCCUGACUUCUUCAGGCCAGACCUAGCCAAGCCUUCUGGUGCCAAGGCCCCAGGAAGCGACACCAGCCUCCUGACUGCUCCCAUGGCCUGUCAGCACCCUCUACCUCCCCCAGAUAGCAGGUUCAGAGCUCUAGAAAUAGCUGCUCCCACCCCAAUCACCCAAACUAAGCCAAGUCUCUCAGUGGGGGGUCUAGCUUCAGUUCUC